AUGAAGUCUCAGAAAUGGAUGAUCUACUUAUUCCUCCAAGUCGUCGAAGGAAAAUACGCCAAAAUACAUCUCAAGAUCAUGAACAGCUUUCAGAGGCUAGCUCUCCACAAACAGAUCACACACCAAUCCCUACACGCGGACGAGGUCGUCCACGGGUUGAACAUGGAUGGUGCCCUACCACUAUUGACACGCACAACAACUGAUAUUCGCUCAUACACCAAGUAUGGCAUGGGAAAUGCAAUUGAUUAA